AUGAAGCUCCAGUUGUUCUGGACUGGGCUGGAAUACACCUGCCGGCUCCUGGGCAUUGCCACUGCUGCAGUGCUGAUCGGCGUGGGCACUGAGACCUUCAUCCGAGGGCAAUUCAGAAGCCUGGCUUUCUAUCUGCUGUUAACAGGAGCUGCUGUUUCUGUGUGUGAAGGUGCCUACUUUGUGGCUCAGCUUCUAGCCACCUGCUUCCAGUGUCAGCCAGGGUCCCUCGCCUACAGGACAAGGGAGAAGGCCCGUUGGCUGGGCUGCUUCCAGAAGUUCCUGGCCUACCUGCUGCUGUCUGUGGCCUGCUUCCUCCACCCAGUCCUGGUCUGGCACGUGACCAUCCCAGGCUCCAUGCUCAUCAUCACUGGCCUGGCCUACUUCCUGCUGAGCAAGAGGAAAAAGAGCAGAGCAGCUCCCCAGCGACCAGCCUCCCCAGAGCACUACACUGACCCCUCCAGCAGUGCUGUAAGCACCACUGGCUCUGGAGAUACUGAGCAAACCUACACAUUCCAUGGGACACUCAAGGAGGGACCAGGCUCCCUCCUAACCCACAUGAAGAGCAUCCUAAAGGGAACUAAGAAGUCCAGUGCCCACCAGCCACCAGACACCCUGAUGGAGCUGACCCUGGAGCCCACAGACACACUGGGCAAGAAGAAGCAGGUGCACUUUGAAGAGAAAGUGGUCAAGAUCAUUCCAUCACUUGCUGAGGGCCUGGACGAUGGGGACAGUGAGCCAGAGGAGACCACCUCUGACACUGUCCCCAUCAUCCCCCCACCCCAGGCCCCACUGUUCAUGUCCUCUCUCACAGCCACAGGCCUCUUCUGA